UCCCUUGCGGUGGUUUAUGACUUCAUCAUUUAAUUGACUCAGCUCUCCCCUCUCUCUCGCAGUCCCAUCCAUCUGAAGCAAGCAAUACAGCAAAGGACCAAAACCCAAAUAAAACACAAAUUUCAUUUUAUUUAUUUAUUUGUUUAUUCAUUUAUUUUUAGAAAAAGUGGAGAGCCAUAUGGAAUUUGACGAGCACGAGGACCAAGAGCAAGAAGAGGAGGAGGAGGAGGAGGAAAUGGGAUUCUCAGUGGCGGCGGCGGCGAGUUACGACUCGCUGGGAAACGCCGCGGUGAGGUCUAAAAUUAGCGGCGGCGAUGGUGUUGCGGCCACCGUGAAUUCCGGUCGCAAAGGGACGGUGAGAUACAGAGAAUGUCAGAAGAACCAUGCCGUCAGCAUCGGCGGCCACGCCGUCGACGGAUGCUGCGAGUUCUUGGCUGCCGGAGAGGAAGGCACGCUGGAAGCCGUAAUUUGCGCCGCCUGUAACUGCCACCGCAACUUCCACCGCAAGGAGAUCGACGGCGAAACCAGCCCUUACCAGCACCGUUCGCAGCCACAGCCUCAGCCUCUGCACCCUCAGUACCACCACCAAUUCUCCCCUUACUACCACCGCGCGCCCCCACCUUCCGCCGCCGGAUAUCUCCACCACCACCUUGUAACACCUCCGGUGUCGCAGCACCGGCCCUUGGCUCUGCCACCGUUAGCUUCUGGAGGAGUGUUCAGUAGGGAGGAAGAGGACAUGUCAAACCCCAGCUCCAGCGGCGGCGGCGGUGGUGGCGGUUUUAGUGGCGGUGGUGGUAGCGGGAGUGGAACGAAGAAGAGGUUUAGAACAAAAUUCACGCAGGAGCAGAAGGAUAAGAUGCUGGCAUUUGCGGAGAAGCUAGGGUGGAGAAUUCAGAAGCAUGACGAAGCUGCUGUUGAACAAUUCUGCGCUGAAACUUGCAUCAAGAGACAUGUACUCAAGGUUUGGAUGCACAAUAACAAACACACUCUUGCUAAUUCUGAGCAACAUUCGGCUGGGAAUGGAUCGAAUCACUUGAACAGCACCACAAUAAUUGAGAAUUCUCAAUUCUCCUGAGGGAUAUUAACGAAAUAAAGAGAAAGAACUGAAGUUGGCAGAAGUUCAUGGAAGGGUUUGCAAAUGUUCAUCUUAUCAGUAGCAUCAGGUGAUGGUGAUCGAGGAGGGGGAGUACGCAAUGGAAGUAUGCGGAUGAGCACAGAGAAUAAAUUCCAACAUAAAGUUGUAUUUAACGUGAGUGGAAUGCAAGUGCAAAGCUGUUUAUGUUACUACUUUGCUGUGUUCCUUCGCAUUAUUUGUCGUCUUUCUUUCCUGUUUUUCCUCCCUAACACCGCCCUAGUUUAGUUUUAUUAUCGUUUGUCUCUCUCAUAUUAAUGUCUCCUCUUCUAUUUCUUUGCUUCUGGACACAUUAGACCUGAAAGAUUUAAUGAGUCAAAUAGAUUCAUCAUGAUCCGUAACUGAAGUGACACCAUUUUCUUUUGGUCUGAUUGAA